AUGGGCAAGUUCCGAGGCAGUAACAUCCUCGGCGAUCCGUUCGCGCUUGCGACCGUCUCAAUCUCAAUUCUGGCAUGGCUCAUCGCCUUCAUAGCAUCCAUCAUUGCAGAUGUACAAGAUACAGAUUAUCCUAACUACAAUUGGUGGGCCAACUGCUACAUGUUCUGUGUCAUCGUGGGUCUGACUGUGACCUUUGGUACGGACACGGGCCACGUAUAUGGCGUCGCGAUCGUCGGCUACCUUGCCUGCGGCCUCGUCCUGACAUCCACGAGCGCAAACAACCUAAUCUACAAAAAUCAAGGCUCCAUGCAAGCUGCCGGCGCAGGCUUCAUUCUACUGUCUAUGGUUGUUAUCAUCUGGAUUUUCUACUUCGGCUCCACACCGCAGGCCACCCACCGUGGCUUCAUCGACUCCUUUGCCCUGAACAAGGAGCGCCCCGCCGAACAAUCCUACCGCGGUAGCCGCCCUAUGUCCAGCGCAUUCGGCGCUCGUCCAGAGACCAUGGCAACCGGCAACACCCCGCAGAUGUACACCUCUGCCCAUCUAGGUGGCUUCGAAACCUCGUCCCCUGUCUCCGGAUACCCCGGUGGCGCGCCCGGCGCCGAACGAACUUCUUCUGCGCCUCGCUUCGGCACCCCCAACCCUCAAAAUACCGGCAACGGCGAGCAAGAAACGACCGAAGUACCCCAGCCUACCGACUACCCAUAUCGGGCCAAGGCGAUCUACUCAUACGACGCCAACCCCGAAGACGCCAAUGAAAUCAGCUUUGCCAAGCAUGAGAUCUUGGAGGUAUCCGAUGUGAGCGGCCGAUGGUGGCAGGCUCGGAAGCAAAAUGGAGAGACCGGCAUUGCGCCCUCGAACUAUCUGAUCCUUUUGUGA